AUGAUACCGUUUCCAGAGAGCGGCAAGAGCACUCGAGAUGCUUCAAAAGAUGGACAAGAGCGACCAACGAAGCAAGAUGGAAACGUUGGUGCCGUUGGUGCCAAAAACAUCAGACUUCCACUCACGGUCCUUCCAAAAGGGGCUAUUUACACAUUUCCUUAUGUGUUGGGCUUGGACACUUAUGAAUAUGACUUUGGGCAAAAGAUGGCUGCGCGCGCAUCAAAGCGUUUUCAGGAGAAAGUCAAGGCAUCUUGCGACACUGGACAGGACUUAGGCAAAGCAAAGCUUGCACGUCCACACUGUGGAAGCACUACAAUGGUGCAAGCAGGUGUCACAGGAAGCACCGCCUUUUUAUUGCAUGCUGUUAACUCAUCUGACGGAGGCUCAAAAAUUCGGAAAAGAAGACAGAAACUCACAGAUGAUCUUUUGCACGACUUGGUUGUGUCAUAUGGAGAUUCGAUGGAGGUGGUUCAUAAGUGGUUUCAGAUUUUCCAGCAUUACUCAGAUCCUCCUGAAGAAAUUGUUCUUCCUUCCUUGCCGGAAAGGCGCGAAGAGACUGCACCAACUCUGGGCCCUGAGAAAAUAAACACUUCUAGAACAGCUUCUCGGAUCAGCACAAAAAGUACCAAACGAUCAAAAACCUUGCAACGACCUUGCUCGGCACCGAGUUUGAAGCGGCCUGAGAUUGUCCGGGUGCCUCGGAGAAAGUGUAAAGACGAUGACUUUGAAGAUGAUCGCAAUGAACUUCAAAAGACUCGAACGUUGCUGAAAGAAGCUGGCUUGGCAGGUCCUGGUGCUGGUCAGUUAGAUCUUGCUCACCGUUUUAGAGUUCAAAAUCUGAAUGAUGACGCGCUUUCUGAAUGGCUGGAGAGUUUCACUUUCCUCUGGAAUUUGCAGAGGCUUCCCAUGGAAGCACUUCAACUUCACUCGAAGUCUUCCUCUCCUCAAAGACGCGCUUCUCGUUUUCGUAGCAAGAGGGAUGUUACAAGCCGGUACAUGACAAAACUGAACGAGAAGGUUUCUGGUCUUGGUGUUUGGGAAUUCGGAGGGGAAUUCACUGAUACGAUUUUUGAUAGCAGCGCCACAAGCAGUGCGACUGCAGAGACGGAAGAUGAAACCGAAGGACCGCUGACAUUGCAGGAUUUAACUUUGAACCAGAUCAUGCUUCGGAGCAGCAGCCUGGCAAUGAUGAAUUCUGGAAUAGUUCGGAAGAAGGGCCAAGAAGAUGGAGGGAAGUUCGGAGGGAAGCAUAGAUCAAAAGCAGCAUUUGAAGAGAUUGCUCGGUCUCGAGUGGAAAUUCUGAGUUUAGUCGCCCCCACCCAGAUGACGUUGAAGAACUUCAUUGCCUUUAUUAGCUCGUUUGGUGUGCAUCGGGGUGAGACCAUUGAACGAGUUGCAAAGCAUCUCUUUUUAUCUGUGCCACGCGCAUCAAGUCCUGUGAGGAGUCCACUCUCUGACGAGGAAGAUGACAAAGACGACCAUUGGCAAGACUCUACAACUCUUCCAUUUGAGGUUUUUUACAAAUUUGUGCGAGCUUUACGCGCAAAUCCCUUGUGUUCCGAUGCGUACGAUGCGAAUCACCCGUACAUCUUUUCAGACCUCUUGUGUCGACUUGUGUUUUGUGCGCUAACCGGUCACGAGGGUGUGACCUAUACUGCUGGAGCUGCGGUAGCUUUCAAGGAUGAUGCUACCCUGAAGCCCGUAUGCUCACAAAGCUUAUUUCAAUCUUUGAAGCUCUUCCUCAGCGAUGAAGGACUUCGAGAAAGUUCAGAAGAAGUCCAAGCGUUGUCAGAGUUCGUCUUUGGUGCGCUGCUUCGAAGUCAGGAAAGCUUGAGGGCAUCUGGUCAGAGUGGAGUCAGCUUCAAUGGCUUCCAGAAUUUUGUGCGCCAAAAACCGCAGGUUUACCUCCAUCUUGUGUUUCUCCUCUUCCCGCUCGCAAUGCGUGGUGAGCAAUUUGCUGCAGAGGAAAUGCAUUUGAUGCAGAAAGGGCUAAAUCACCGUGCAGGGGAACUUCGAGAGAAGGCAGCUGCACUCGCGCGACAGCUUCAGAAAAGGCGGGUUCUGAUCGGGGUCCUUUGGGAACGGGUUGCCCUGACAUGGGAUGCAUGGAUGCUGGAUGCUGUGCUCCGUGCCGAGAUCUGCUGGUCUGCCGUCGGGCUUCCAGAAGCGGGAAAGACUUUUCAAAGCGGGAAGAGUGAUUCGGUGAUUCGUGUGAUUCUACUGCGCCUCCAUGGAGCCCAGAGCUUCGACCAUCGAGGAUUCUUUGAACAUUUUGAACACACAGCAUCCUGUAGGUCCAUCCAGGCCCUGGAGGAGACCGCCAAAGCGCAUCAGGUGAAGCCAAUAAUCCUUGAAGGUGUUCCGCACGAUGCUAUGCUGAGUUCCAGGUGGAGGUCAGCAGCUGAAACAAUUCUUUCGUGGCUAGAGAACCAGGACUUUGGUUCAUCCUGA